GGUGAAGCCGGAAGUGGCGCCUCGUCCGGCCGAGCCGCCAUCUCGGCGUGAGACAGCAGGAGCCCCUGCCGGAGCCGCGCGAUGUUGUCCCCUGCAGCCGCGUACUCGGGUCCCGGCAGAGACCGGUGGAUGGAGCCGCACAGCGCCGCGGGCCCUUUGCAGCUGCGCUUUUCGCCCUACGCUUUCAACGGAGGUACUGUAUUGGCAAUUGCUGGAGAAGAUUUUUCAAUUGUUGCUUCUGACACUCGAUUGAGUGAAGGGUUUUCAAUUCAUACCCGAGACAGCCCCAAAUGUUACAAAUUAACAGACAAAACAGUCAUUGGAUGCAGUGGUUUUCAUGGAGACUGUCUUACCCUGACAAAGAUUAUUGAAGCAAGACUGAAGAUGUAUAAACAUUCCAAUAACAAGGCCAUGACUACGGGGGCCAUUGCUGCAAUGCUGUCUACGAUCCUGUAUUCAAGGCGCUUCUUUCCGUACUAUGUUUACAACAUCAUCGGUGGACUUGAUGAAGAAGGAAAGGGAGCUGUGUACAGCUUUGACCCGGUGGGGUCCUACCAGAGAGACUCCUUCAAGGCCGGAGGCUCGGCCAGUGCCAUGCUGCAGCCCCUGCUCGAUAACCAGGUUGGUUUUAAGAACAUGCAGAAUGUGGAGCACGUGCCACUGUCCUUGGAUAGAGCCAUGCGGCUGGUGAAAGACGUCUUCAUUUCUGCGGCCGAGAGGGAUGUAUACACCGGGGACGCGCUCAGGAUCUGCAUUGUGACCCGAGACGGCACCCGGGAGGAGACGGUUCCCCUGAGGAAGGACUGAGCGGCGCCUUUGUGCCGAGCCGCCUGCUGCUGUACCUUGGAAUUUGUUUAUUAAAAAGGCCUGACAUGCUC